UCACACAACUAGAAAAUCAGUGAAUACCAACUACAAUAAAUAAAACAAUUCUUUUCAUUUAUUCUCCCAGUGGCAUCGCAUACGUUACGUCGUAGCUCCAAGAUAACGUUAAAAUGUCGGGAGGUCUGGAAGUGUUAAGUCUCAAAGAAGACGAUGUGACGAAAAUGCUUGCAGCAUGUACUCAUUUGGGUACUGAUAAUAUUAAUUUCCAAAUGGAACAAUAUGUGUACAAACGGAGAUCGGAUGGUGUUCACAUAAUCAAUUUACGUCGAACAUGGGAGAAAUUAUUACUCGCAGCUCGUGCAAUCGUUGCCAUUGAACAUCCCGCUGAAGUGUUCGUAAUAUCUUCAAGACCACAUGGACAACGUGCUGUAUUGAAAUUUGCAUCGUACACUGGUGCAACACCGAUUGCCGGACGAUUUACCCCUGGUGCAUUUACAAAUCAAAUUCAAGCAGCAUUCCGUGAACCAAGAUUAUUGAUUGUAACAGAUCCAAUAACUGAUCAUCAACCAAUCACAGAAGCAUCAUAUGUUAAUAUUCCAGUAAUUGCGUUCUGUAAUACAGACAGUCCGUUACGUUUCGUUGAUAUUUCGAUUCCAUGCAACACCAAAUCAACAUAUUCAAUUGGUUUAAUGUGGUGGUUGUUGGCACGUGAGGUAUUAAGAUUACGUGGUUCAAUUCCACGUGAAACCAAAUGGGAUGUAGUUGUAGAUUUAUUCUUCUAUCGUGAUCCGGAUGAGGCAGAGAAAGAAGAACAAGCUGGCAAAGAGUUGGUACCACACAAACAAGAAGUACCUGCACACGAUAUCACUGAAUCAUGGGCUGGUGAUGGUGAUGUUACUACACAGAACUGGUCUGAAGAAGUAGCUGCCGUGGCUGGUGGUGAUGCAGCUGUCACUGUAGCACCAGGUGGUGCUCCAGCACCUGGUGCUGGUAUUCCAGCAGCUAGUGAAGAUUGGGCCAGUCAAGUGGAAUGGCCAUCAAAUGCUGGUGGUGCGGCUGCUGCUACACAACCAAAUUGGGCAUCAUCUGAUGUGAGUUGGUAAUCAUUUUGAGAGCGGAAUACAAAUGUUUUAUUUUGUAAAAUAAAAACAAAUAAAAAUUAUUAAAAAUUA